UCCUCACUUGCACCUUUCCCAGCAAAAUUACCUAAUAUUUAUUUUAUAUGUGUAAGCCUGCCCCUCCUGCCAUGUAAACCACCUGAGAGCAGUCACAUGUUCCCCUUUUGUUUGUAUGCUUAAAGAACAGCCCAGUGCUUGGCAUACAGCAGUCAUUUUCUGUUUGCCGACUCAAUCACUAUGAGUCAGGCACUGUGCUAAGUCCUGGACAUAGUUUUACAGAAGUCAAAAGCAGGGCCUGCCCUCAAGGAACUUACAUUCUAAAGGGAAUAUAUACCCGGAGUAGUUGGAGGGAAGGCAGAGGGGUGGGGCACUUUGAAAGGCCUCCCACAGAGAGUGGGGGAUGAGCUGAGCCUGGAAAGAAGCGGGCGAUUUCCUCAUUUUUACAGAUAAGGAAACUGAGGACCAGCAAGGUUAAGGGGACUGCCCAAGGUCGCCCUGGGGGUCGAAGGGAGUCUCUAAGCUAGGUCAGCCGGGGGUGUGAGUGGGCCCAAGAACAGGGUGGGUGGCUUGGGGCCAACAGGGCUCGGGCGGGGCCUGGGGAAAGGGCUCCGCGCCCAAGCGGGGAGAGGCCGAGGCCGGGGCUGCCACGGGACCCAAAGUGCUAGCACCGGCCCUUCGGGGACUCAUUGAUGAGCCGGACCGGAAGUCGGCGUCCGCUGCGGCAGUGCCUAAGAGAGGGACCACAAUGAGUGACAUUCGCCAUUCCUUGAUCCGCCGAGAUGCGUUAAGUGCUGCUAAGGAAGUGUUAUAUCAUUUGGACAUUUAUUUUAGCAGUCAGCUCCAAAAUGCACCUCUUCCUAUUGUGGACAAAGGUCCCAUUGAACUGUUGGAAGAAUUCGUAUUUCAGGUUCCCAAGGAGCGCAAUUCCCAACCUAAGAGGCUGAAUUCACUUCAGGAGCUUCAACUUCUUGAAAUCAUGUGCAAUUAUUUCCAGGAGCAAGCCAAGGAUUCUGUGCGUCAGAUUAUUUUCUCAUCCCUUUUCAGUCCUCAAGGGAACAAAGCAGAUGAUAGCCGGAUGGUCUUACUGGGAAAGUUGGUCUCAAUGGCAGUGGCUGUGUGUCGGAUUCCUGUGUUAGAAUGUGCUGCAUCCUGGCUACAGCGCACACCUGCGGGCUACUGUGUGAGGUUAGCAAAGGCCUUAGUUGAUGACUACUGUAGUUUGGUGCCAGGAUCCAUUCAGACAUUGAAACAGAUAUUCAGUGCCAGCCCUCGCUUCUGCUGCCAGUUUAUUACAGCUGUGACUGCACUCUAUGACCUUUCCUCAGAUGAUCUGAUUCCACCUUUGGACUUGCUUGAGGUAAUUGUCAAUUGGAUCUUUGAGGAUCCCCGUUUGAUUCUCAUUACCUUUCUAAACACCCCAAUUGCAGCCAAUCUCCCAAUUGGAUUUUUAGAGCUAACCCCACUCACAGGACUGAUUCGCUGGUGUGUGAAGGCACCUCUUGCUUACAAGAGAAAAAAGAAGACCACGUUACCAAAUGGCCAUAUGAACAAUAAAAUUGCCAAGGAAUCCGUAGCAGGAAUUGACAGGGACUUUCACCUUUUAUACUCAAAACUGCAUCUGAGUGUUCUGCAGGUUCUAAUGAUGCUUCAGGUGCAUUUAACAGAGAAGAAUUUAUAUGGACGGCUGGGGCUGGUCCUGUUUGACCACAUGGUUCCUCUGGUUGAAGAGAUUAAUAGAUUAUCUGAUGAACUAAAUCCACUCAAUGCCUCCAAAGAAAUUGAGCUAUCUCUUGACCGCCUGGCUCAGGCUCUGCAGGUGGCCAUGGCAUCUGGAGCCUUGCUGUGCACCAGAGAUGACUUGAGAACCUUGUGUUCCAGGCUGCCCCAUAACAACCUGCUUCAGCUCGUGAUCUCAGGUCCAGUGCAGCAGUCAACCCACACUGCAUUGCCACCAGGAUUUUAUCCUCAUAUUCAUACUCCUCCACUGGGUUAUCCUGCACAUGCUGCGCACCCCGCCAUCCCUGCACACCCAGCUCACCCUGCACUCCCAGCCCAUCCUGUACAGACAUUUAUACCAGGCAUGACUUUUCCAUACAGGCCUAUCCGUUAAGUGACCUGUAACUUCAGAUCCAUUUUCUCUUACCUUGGUGGAUUUGAGAGAAAGCCUUACAGAGAAGAGGAUUACUGCUUCGUCUAUUUUAAAAAAAGACCUUUUAGAAAAAAAAAAUUCUCUUCAUCUCCAGCAGAACUAUACAGAUCUAUAAGAUUUGGUAUUCUUCCAAGGUAGGAGUAGAAUGGGCACUAGGAAGAAACAGAUGGUUCACCAUAUUAGCCAUAAACUUGGACACAUUCUUUAAAAUCCAGACUGAAUGGAUGAAGGGAAAAAAUUACGGCCCCUCUGCAGAGUGAUUUAUCAGUUUUUGUUUCUUUUCUUUUCUUUUUAGUUUACAAGUCCUAUGAGCCUGUUGUUCAUGAACAGCACCAUUGUAUUCACUUGUCAGUGUGUAAUUUCAGUGACACACAGCUGUCUGAGUCUAUAAUGAAAAGUGAUUGGUUUUUUUCUUUAUUGAGCCUUCUCAGAAAUGAGAAGCCCAGAAAAGAAAUCUAGUCUAAGAUGCAGGAUUUGAAAAUUCAUUUCUCCAGCUGCUCUCCUUUUCUUGUAAAUGUUUGUAAUGAGGUCCUCUACAAGAUACAGUGUCUAUUUUUGCAACUAUAUAGAAUCCAGAGAUUGAUGUGUUGUGAUUGCAAGGCACACAUGGCACUUUCCACUGUUAACGGAAACCUGUAAAGAUAAAGAUUGCCCCUACAGUCUAGGAAAGAGACAUCCUUUUGUUUUCUCUAGGUCUCUGAAAUUUCCUUUUAUCUGUUCAAAUAAAUUUUUUUUUAAAAAAAGAAACAUUGUAGACUUUAUGUUAGUAUACUAUAAAAAGCCAAUUUAAUUUGGUCCCGAAUUAGAUUUCUGCUUCCAUGAUUGAUCAUUAUAGUAAGGAAACUAAAUACAACUUUUAAUUCAUCACUGACAGCACACUAAUAUCUUGCUUUGUCAGUGAGAGUAUGAUUUUCUGCUUUGGGUUUGCUAUAAAGGUACAGUAUUUACAAUAUAACCUUUCAUUAACAAAAAAGGUCCAUUGAAUUAGGGGGUUUUUCCUAGUAUAUUAGUAGAAGUUCUCUAGUGCUACUUUUAGGAGGAGUAAGAAAAUGUGGAUACCAACCAGUUAACCUGUUAUGAUUGCAGAAGUAAACAAAAUUCAGGAGGAAAUGAGAAAGCAGCAAAGGAUGACUGCAAUUUCAUCCUAUGGAAAUUAGGGGACAGAUUGCUGAAGUUUAAUUCUAUGUAUGACAUAGCUACUUAUGGUUUCCUAGUCAAAGAAGAUUAGUUAAUUUUUAGAGGACCAGACCAGACCACUUACUGCAUUCCUAUGUAUUUUUUUAUUCUAAAGACCAAAAUUCCAAACAUCCUACAAGAGUAAAAUGUAAGCUAUUCAAAAUGCAAAGCAAGUCCCGUAUAUUUCAUUUAUAUUGACUAACAUACCUUCUUUUAGAUGUUUCCUUAAACUUGGAAAGAAGUGGUGCUAGCCUUGCGAUGUAACUUUUUUCUUUUAGCAGUUCAGCUUUGAAUCAUCUCUGGAAACUAUUUUUCCAAUAUCAUUCAGUGACUUUAAAAAGUGUUUUGUUGUCUUUCAGAGCAACAAAACCAUGAUCUUUCUAUUUUUUUCAGUAGUUUUUGAAAACUGUUUAUUGUGUGGGAAAUCUGUUUUCCCAAUUUCCCAUUUUAAUACCUGAAGAAAAUAACAGUUCUUCUCUGGUUUGAUUUCAUUAUGAUUAUUGGUUGAAUCUGAUUCCUUUUAAAUCAGAAUCAUAAAUUGUUUAUAUAAAUAUGAGGUACUGUUUUUUUCAGGGUUUGGAUAGGUAUGCAUGCCUCCAUCUCUUGCUGAAUGAGCUUCAGAAUGUAUGUAGAACUGAACAAGAUCAAAAUGAUGUUUUUUCCAUAAAAUGGAAGUAUGGUGCCAGCUGCUUGUGAAAA